GUGAAUUCUUAAUUUCUGUGAAAAAGUGAAAAGCUAGAAAAUAUCACAAGUGGUUGUUUUUACUGUGAUUUUACAGCAUGAAAUUCAUGAAAAAUUAAACUGCGAGAGUUGCGGAUAAUACCUGGUAAAAAUCUACGCGAAAGUUGCACGAAAAACGGUGAAAUACAGCGCCAGAAAUCAUGGCUUUGGCUCCCACGAGUUCAGAUGCUUGUAUGAGCAUAGUUCAUAGUCUGAUGUGCCAUCGGCAAGGAGGAGAGAGCGAAGCGUUUGCCAAGCGAGCUAUUGAGAGUUUAGUGAAGAAAUUAAAAGAGAAACGCGAUGAAUUAGAGUCGUUAAUAACAGCUAUCACAACAAACGGUAGCCAUCCGUCGAAAUGCGUCACGAUACAACGAACUUUAGACGGUCGUUUGCAAGUGGCUGGGAGAAAGGGCUUUCCUCACGUUAUUUACGCUAGAAUAUGGCGUUGGCCUGAUCUUCAUAAAAACGAACUUAAGCACGUCCAGUUCUGUCGUUUUGCGUUUGAUUUAAAGUGCGAUAAUGUAUGCGUGAAUCCGUAUCAUUACGAAAGAGUUGUGUCACCAGAUCUUGGUUUAUCAUUAACUCGUGGUGACCCAGGAUUUCAUACUCCAGAUGUGCAUCCGGAUAGGCAGAUCCACCAUUAUCCUGAUAGUCAAAUUGGACAUCCUGGUCCUGUGGAUGUUAAAACAAUAAAUGGUCAAGUCUUGGGUUGGCCUGGUCAACAACCAACCACACCAACUUAUCCCCAGCAAUCAAGCACCAUACAGUAUUGGGAUCAAAAACAAGUGCCAGAACAUGAUGUGGCUGGCCCAAUCUCAAAACACCCUCCACCUGACCAUUGGUCAUCAAUUGCAUAUUUCGAAUUGGAUCAACAAGUUGGUGAAAUAUUCAAAGUACCAUCCAAUUGCUCUUCUGUGACAAUUGAUGGUUACGUUGACCCAUCCGGUGGUCACAGGUUUUGCCUGGGUCAAUUAUCCAAUGUUCAUAGAACUGAGGCCAGUGAAAAGGCAAGGUUGCACAUAGGUAAAGGCGUGAACUUAGAGUUACGUGGUGAAGGUGAUGUCUGGGUGAGAUGUCUAAGUGAGCACAGCGUUUUUGUACAAAGCUAUUACCUAGAUCGCGAGUCGGGUCGUUCGCCAGGUGAUGCAGUGCACAAAAUCUACCCAGGUGCAUAUAUCAAGGUCUUUGACCUUGGUCAAUGUUUCAGACAGAUUCGUCAGCAAGCGAAUGCUGCCCAGUCUGCUGCAGCGGCCCAGGCAGUGGCUGUUGCUAGCGGUGUUGGCCCUGGUGCCUUGAUGCCUAUAUCACAACUUGGAACAGGCAUCGGUGUUGAUGACCUCCGCCGGUUGUGCAUAUUGCGCAUGAGCUUUGUUAAAGGUUGGGGACCGGACUACCCACGGAAGAGUAUCAAAGAUACACCAUGCUGGAUAGAAAUUCAUCUACAUCGGGCUCUACAGUUGUUAGAUGAGGUGUUGACAGCUAUGCCUAGUGGUGAACAUAGAGCUCAUGAGAUGUAGAAACAGUGUAGCUAUUAAAAUCAUAUAUACAACUUUAUAGACUAUGAUAAAACACAUUAUCAAUGUGCUCACUUAGCUAUUAUUUGUUUAUAUUUAUAUUUGAAGUAUACAAAUUACCGUGAAGUGUGGAUAAUA